AAUGUUUAUCAAGAUAUUGAUUCUGUCGACGGCUUCAAUGUGGGCAACUUUGUGAACUUUUAUAGUUUUCAGUUGAAGUUUCUUGCAUCAGGGUUUGGACUUAUUUCAAACCGACAUUUUAACAUUGCCAGCACUCCAACGUCACUGACAUGUUUAACUUGUACCGACAAAUAUUCGCACUUGGUAUACUGUCGUUACUGCAUGCAGCGUAUUCAGCGGCUCAGCAUCGAUCUUAUUUACGAAUAACGGAACAAGAAUUUGAUGGAUUACCAUUGGAUAUAUUUGUGCAGGGUGUAGUUAGUCUUUUUCUGUCAAUGUAUGGAAUAUUGUACUUGGCAGGAGAUUUUAAAGAAGUGAGAGCCAUUGAAGAAUUGGAAUGCAAGACAUGGGAGACGUUACACAACACACCUGCAUUUUAUAUAUUUAAUCACAGAGGUAAAACUCUGUUCUCUAAUAAGUUUUAAUUAAUUGGUGAAAAUCAAUGGAAAUGUCAUACUUUCAGAACCUGGAAUGGUUUCUAUUUCAUUUUGGUAUUUAUUUAUUAUAUUGUGUACAGAAUUUAAUUCAACAAUAUUAUAUUCACUUGUUUUAAAUGUAUUUGCUGCUGCUUGAUUCAAUUGUAACAUACCUAAAUUAGUUUGUGAAUAAUUAAGGUAUAGUUAAAUCUGAUACUUAAAAUAUAACUACAAUUUCAAUUAAAUUAAGUUAACAGAUUAUGUCCUUAUUUUCAUUAUAAGUGGUUUUUAUGAAUGUUCACAAUUGUAUGAUAAGUAUGAUUAAUUAAUUGUAAAAAUAUAUUUAAUAAAAUAUCAUAAUAAAUUAAAAUGUUGUGU